AUUUGGAAUAACCGGCCGGCAAGCAGCAAGAACAGAACGGAGACCGUUUUACUUUCCUGACACCCAAGCCUAACCACAGGUAUGAAGACACCGCUGAGUCCUGCCCACUUCAUAGAGCAUGGCCAGAUGGCCUUCCCCUUUCAAGGCUGUCUGGAGCUGAAUCAGCUGAUGGGGAUGGAACCUACCACCAACAGCCAAGCCCAGAUCAACAUGGAUAUACAGCAACAGCAGCAGGAGAAGAAGAAGCUGUUCUACUCGAUGUGUGAUGUGUGUAACAUCCAGCUGAACUCCCAGGCUCAGGCCCAGGUGCACUACAACGGGAGGUCCCACCUGAAGAGGAUUAAACAGAUGAACAAUGGGGAGGUUCCUCCGGCUCCGGCACCAGCUACUGGGUCUCUACCCACCUCUACACUAACCCUUAGUACCAGCACCACCAGCAGUAGUACAGGAGUGGCCUAA